AUGCCAAACCUCUCGAAGCGCAAAAAGACCGCGCCUAAUUUGAUCAAAGCUAUUCGGCGGCAAAAGAUUCUUCUACAUCCGUCCUCGUAUACCGAUGCUGCUGCGCUGCUACGCGUCAACAAGUGGAAAGCAGUACUCCACAAUGACCACGCCCAAAGCAAAUCUACAGCAUGGCAGAGCAGGUCAUCUAAGGCACGAAGAGCCCUACAAUCAGUUGCAGCGAGCUGUGGGGAAAACGUCGCUUGCUUGUGCGUCUUGUCCACCUCAAUCACGCAAUUGGGCAUGCUGCGAAAAGGCGACGUUGUAGAGCUCAUCGAAUUGCUCAAAGGACUGGAAGAAGAACUUGAUACUGACCACCUAAGCCCGUUGGCUAAGCUACUUUUUGAGCAGUCAGGCUCAGCGGAGAAAGACUCUGUGAGGGAGAAUGGUUCAGAACGCUCCAAAGAGCAGGGAAGCGAGCACGAGAAGGACAAAGGGGACGGAGAAGAGGAUGGGAAAAGACGAGAGGAUACAUCCCAUGCAGCGCUUGCCACCACCUAUGAUAUAUCCGGCACGGUUCUGCUCGACUUCCUCAGCGCUCAAAUGCACUUGUGUCCGAAGGUGGUGUUCCGCAAUUCGAAGACCGCAAUGCCCACGCCGACGAUUGAGAUUUGGCGUCCAAACCAUGUGCAUACGAAGAUCGAGCUUUCCCUAGAGGCAGGAGCCGAUUUCGUUCGAUUCCUCAGGACCAUCGGAAGUAGCGCACUUUUGCCACACCCAUCCACGCAAUUCCACCCUGGACGGGUCGGCGAAUGA